GUCAUUCUGUUCACGUGGUCAGGAUUUUCGCGCGGUUUUUGGUGGGCUUUGUAAACACAGGGGGAGAAAGAACAAUUUCCAACGUAAAAACGCAUAACCGACCACUGAAAAAAAGAGAAGAAAAUGCCACCUAGAGAUUAUGAAGCCGAUAAAGAAAAAAUCAAGACAUUUCUCCGUGAGUUCUAUGUUGAUGGUGCAGACGGUGGAAAAGAUUUUGUCUACGGACAACAACUGGUGAAAAUUGCCCACAGAGAGCAGGUUGGUCUGACUAUUGAUAUCGAUGACAUAACAGAAUAUGAUCCGGAUUUAGGGGAGGCUAUUGUUGACAACACCAGGCGAUACAUCAACAUAUUUAGCGAUGCAGUUCAGGAGCUUUUGCCAGACUACAAAGAGAGAGAAGUUGUGAACAAAGAUGCUUUGGAUGUUUAUAUUGAGCAUCGUCUUCUCAUGGAACAGAGGAAUCAUCCAGAUGGAGCAGAGAUUACUCGUGACCCAAAAAAUAAAUACCCAGCUGAGUUAAUGAGAAGAUUUGAACUUUACUUCAAAUCUCAAUCUGGACAGAAGCAUUCUGCCAUUCGUGAUGUCAAGGCUGAUAGUAUAGGGAAGCUUGUUUGUGUCAAGGGCAUUGUUACCAGGGCAACAGAGGUAAAACCCAUGUUAUCUGUUGCCACCUACACCUGUGAUACCUGUGGUAAUGAAACUUAUCAGCCAAUCAACUCGCCUUCUUUCAUGCCUUUGAUCAUGUGCCCCAGUCAGGACUGUACAACAAAUCGAUCAGGAGGUCGUCUGUAUCUGCAGACACGGGGGUCAAAGUUCAUCAAAUUUCAAGAAGUGAAAAUUCAAGAACAUAGUGAUCAAGUGCCAGUUGGAAACAUCCCACGAGGAAUGACAGUGCUUUGUCGUGGAGAAAUGACACGCCUUGCUCAGCCUGGGGAUCAUGUCAGCAUAUCUGGUGUUUUCUUGCCAAUGAUGAAACAAGGUUUCAGGGAUAUGCAACAGGGCCUGUUAUCAGAGACCUUCUUAGAAGCACAUAGAAUUGUUAAGAUGAAUAAGACAGAAGAUGAUGAAUUAGGAGCUGAAGAGUUAUCAGAAGAUGAGAUUAAAAAGGUUGCAGAGGAUGACUUCUAUGAUAAAUUAGCAAGCAGUAUAGCCCCAGAAAUUUUCGGCCAUGAGGAUGUGAAGAAAGCUCUCCUCCUUCUUUUAGUUGGUGGUGUUGACAAAUCACCUAGGGGCAUGAAAAUCAGAGGAAAUAUAAACAUUUGUUUGAUGGGCGACCCUGGAGUGGCCAAGUCUCAGCUGCUGUCUUACAUUGAUCGACUCGCACCUCGCAGUCAAUACACAACGGGUCGUGGUUCGUCUGGUGUGGGAUUGACUGCAGCAGUGAUUAAGGACCCUAUUACUAACGAGAUGACACUGGAAGGAGGGGCUCUUGUGCUGGCUGAUCAGGGAGUGUGCUGUAUUGACGAGUUUGAUAAGAUGAUGGACACGGACAGGACAUCCAUCCAUGAGGUCAUGGAACAGCAGACAAUCUCCAUCGCUAAGGCAGGUAUCAUGACAAGUCUAAAUGCCCGCGUUUCCAUCUUGGCCGCUGCCAACCCUGCUUACGGUCGUUACAACCCCAAGAAGACCAUAGAACAGAACAUCCAGCUGCCCGCAGCCCUGCUGUCUAGGUUUGACUUGCUAUGGCUGAUGCAGGACAAACCAGACCGUGAUAAUGACCUGAGACUUGCCCAGCAUAUUACUUACGUACAUCAGCACAACAUCCAACCCCCGACAACAUUCACUCCACUCGACAUGAAACUCAUGAGGAGAUACAUUGCCCUGUGUAAAAAGAAGCAGCCUGUGAUUCCGGAGGGUCUGGCAGAAUAUAUCACAGGGGCUUACGUGGAAAUGAGAAAGGAGUCGAGAAACAGCAAAGAUACGACCUUCACCUCUGCACGUACACUCCUGGCCAUACUUCGCCUUUCUACAGCUCUCGCAAGACUGAGGUUAGCCGAUGCAGUGGAAAAGGAAGACGUUAACGAGGCCAUGAGGCUCACUGAAAUGUCCAAGGACACGCUCAAUCCAGCACAUGAGGUUCAUUCACGGGCCCAAAAUGUAACGGAUCGCAUCUUUAACCUUAUCCGAGAGAUGGUUCCAGGAAAGGGUGCUCGUACAGUGAAAGUUAAUGACGUUAUGGAACAGUGCACGUCCAAAGGAUUCAAGCCCGACCAGGUGGAUGCAUGUAUUGAGGAAUACGAGGAGCUCAAUGUAUGGCAGGUCAACCAGGCUCACACCAAAAUCACCUUCAUCUAGACUUGUGUAAAUGGCAAAACAGAUGUUGGUUAACAGAACAAGACAUAUUCAGGGUUUAAAUCGCAGACCUGUAGAUCGAGCCAUCAUCAAUAGUCGGUAAACAUCAGACCAGGAGGAGAAUGAGCAAGAUCAAAGGGAAUUGCCCUCGAUAUGUUUCAUUUUAAGUCCUUUAUCGAGAAAAGUUCUGAAAAUGAUUGUGUCAAGGAUAAUUACAAUGAAAGCGUUCUUACCAAGAAAAAUUGCCUGUAAACUUCAUUUUUUGUCUUGUAACGAACACUGGUAGGGCAAGAAACUCAAAAGUAGAAAGACAGAUUUAUUUCUCGACAUUGAUGUCAAAUCCGUUGAUGUCAUUUGACAUCAUCAGUUUCAGACAGAAGGUAAAAAUCAUGUUUUCCAUUUCUGCGAUUUUUUAUCGAAAAUAUAAAAAUUGUGUAAGUUAUUAAUCUGCAUAUUUAUAUCUAUGCAGUGUUUUGUACAUUGAGCUUAUAUUAUGAAAACAUUUCUGGUGUCAGAAUUAAUUUGAUAUGUGUAUACAUAAAGCAAUAAUCUGGUAUUCAGUGUAGCUAGCUGGUGUCCAAUAAAUUUUUAAUGAUGUUUCAUUUUGUAAAUAAAAUAUGAAUUAAU